AUGGAUGCUGAACAAUUAAAAAAGCUUCUCCGAGAGGCGGAGAAGCGUGCCGAGCAAGCAGAGAAAGGACAACAGGAGGAGCGACAACGCGCCGAGGAAGCAGAACGCGGGCAGCAUAGGGAGCGACAACGCGCCGAGGAACAGCGACAACGCGCCGAUAUAGCAGAGGAACAAACAAGACCGACGACAUUGGACGAGUAUAUUGCGGCUUGUCAUUCCUUUGUGUAUUCUCGGUUUGCCAUCGAAACAGACCCAGAUCUCACCUCGAAAGGCUCCAUCACCAACCCUCGAGACAAGUGGUGUCCUCAAAGUUUGCGGGCAUGGUCCGACUUCCUCGAGAUCCAGAGGAUCGUUUUCGGCAGCAUAUACGACACCUUUCCUACCGAGGAACGCGUUUUCGAGAAUCGAAACUUCCUCGCAGGCUUAGGCAGUAGGGUAUCUCAGCGGCCGAUACAAGACGAGAAGACUCUCGAAUAUUUUCUACAUAUCAGCGUUGAGGAUCCUGUCCGGGUCAUCAUAGAACGACUCAAAAUGGUGCAAGAUGCGAGGGCGGCUUUUGCACUGGGAGAUGGCGUCAUCUUUGAGAAUCACCCUCAUGCGCUUAGCGAGGUCGCAGAUGAAGUUGUUGAUAGCGGGACGCCAGCAACAGCAUCAGCACCACCCCGCACGCCUGACCACCGUCGAGAUCUGAACAAGCUACGACCAGACCAGAUAUGUGUCUAUCGAUCCGACAACACCGCGCUCUCACAGCGGACGAUGAUAUAUAUUUCUGAGUAUAAGCCGCCUCACAAAUUGACGGCUCCUCACCUUCGAGUUGGCUUGCGCGACAUGGACAUCUACAAGGAAGUGGUGAACCGAAAAACGAUACCGACUGCCGCCGACCCCGACGCGCUUUUUCGGUAUCACGCAGAGCGGCUGACAGCGUCGGCCAUCACACAGACGUAUCAUUACAUGAUAGAGAGUGGUUUGGAGUAUGGUCUGCUCACCACUGGUGAAGCGAUCGUGUUCCUCAAGGUUGACUGGACCGAUCCAGGGACGCUGUAUUACCAUCUAGCUGAACCUGCUCACGAGGUGAUGCCUCACCUAAACCAUUUCCACAUCUGUACGGCUGUCGGGCAGUACUUGGCGUUCACUCUCUUGGCGCUCGGCGGCCCUGGAGAAAGACGGGGACAUGGGCAAGACGAGCGUGACCGGGCUCGGACAGGCCUGAAGACGUGGAACGAAGACUUUGAAACGACGUUGCGUUCCAUUCCAGCAAGCGCAAGAUCAGCGCCAGACAGUUCAUCCGACUACGCACCAACUACCUAUGGAGGUGUCGAUCGAUCGCCGCUUGUACCCCGAAGAAAGACGCGUCAAUACUAUCGGGAUCACCCUGACGAGCACUUAACGCGACAUGAAGACAGGGAACCAUCAGACGACGAGUCAAUGCCCAGGCCGCCGGACACCCCCACGCCUCUUGGGCGAGGAGUGAGGCAGACCACGCGGCGAAGCAAAAGCAUAUCAGAAGGCGCCGCUUUGCGAUCUUUACGAGCCCUGCACAGCGAAGGGGUGAUCCAUCGGGAUGUGAGACUUGCGAAUAUGUUGUUUAACUCGGAAACGGGCACGAUUAUGAUGAUUGACUUUGAGCGGUCCACGCUUCUGGAAGCGCCUCGCCCACCACUGGCGCAGAUAGUGCCGAAUAAACGGUCGUGGAGAGAGGCAAGAGUUACUACGGCCAAGAAAGUGAGCAAUGUACGAAGGCAGGGGUUUGCGGAGGAUAUCUGUGGGCUAAGAGUACUUUUCCGAGAGAAACUGUAUAACGGUAUUUGCGGGUCGUGCAGAGAUUAG